UUAUCAGCUGAUAUUCUAAUAAUCAGACGACAUGUUUGGGACGAAAUAAAAAAGGCUAGGCAAUGGAAGACUGCGCAAGAUUUUAGCUUUGUUAUUCCAUUCUAGAUUUUAUGUGGUGUUUUGCAUAGUAACCAUUUGGUCUUACGACCUAAAAUUGUUUGAAUAUGCACAAGUUGAAAUCGUCGCAACGAGAUAAAGUAAAAAAGUUCAUUUCGUUCACGCAAACUGGCGAAUCUACAGCAAUCUUCUGCCUGUCACAGAAUGAUUGGAAGUUGGAGUUAGCUUCUGACAACUAUUUUCAAAAUCCUGACGCUUACUUCAAAGAGCAAAAGUUGUCAGUUGAUAGAAAAAAGCUUGAAGUUGCAUAUUCAAAAUAUAAAGAUCCCUCGGAGCCAGAUAAGAUAACAGCGGAUGGAAUACUUAAAUUUUUAGACGACCUAAGUUUGAGUCCAGAAUCAAAAUUAGUACUAAUAAUUGCGUGGAAAUUCAGAGCAGCCGCGCAGUGCGAAUUCUCAAGGGAAGAAUUCAUGAAUGGAAUGACCGAACUGGGAGUGGACAGCGUAGAAAAGCUAAAAUGCCGGUUGCCAUCUUUGGAAACAGAACUGAAAGACACAAUGCGCUUCAAAGAUUUCUACCACUUCACGUUCAACUACGCCAAGAACCCAAACCAGAAGGGGCUUGAUCUAGACAUGGCCAUCACUUACUGGAACAUAGUACUGCAUGGACGGUUCAGGUUUCUGGACCUGUGGUGUCAGUUUCUCCAGGAUCACCAUAAAAGAUCGAUACCAAAAGACACCUGGAAUCUGCUGCUCGAUUUCGCGCUGGCUAUAAACGACGACAUGUCGAAUUACGACGAGGAAGGAGCCUGGCCCGUACUUAUAGACGAUUUCGUGGAGUGGGCCCAGCCACAGAUACACCAGCUACCUCACAGUACACAGGUUUAGUUCGCUCAUUUUCGUGCUCGCGUUAUCAUCCACGGCAUGUGAUCUCGUAAUUUGUGUGUUUUGUCUCGAAACUGCCUACGACUAAAGACAGCACGUGCAAGAGGUUUGAACAAUUACACUUGUAUCUGUAUUUAAUAACGAAAACCUGGAAGAUUGAGGACCUGUUCUAUUACAACAAACUUCUGUCAAGUAGAUAAUAUUUGUCUUCAAAUAAUAAAACCGCAAAAUCUUCUCUCCUUCCACUAAAUAUUCUGAUAGAAAAAGACGAAAUAUUGUGCUUUAUUACUGAAUAAUCUAGUACAAAAACACAAAAUAUAAUCUUUUUCUACUGAAUACUUUGGUUGGAAAAAUAUUCUGCUUUAUUUUAGAAUAUUCUAGUUAAAAAUGAUGUGUUUCGUUUAAUUAUGGAACAACUCCUUUGUUACAUUAUCUGUCUUUAUUUGCAGCAUUUAAGGUGAUAUUAUGGUACAUAUCAAUUUCAUCAAUGUAUUUGUACAAGAGUAUCACAGAGAAAACCUAUCAUAAGAAAUCUUUCUUCUUUGUCACAUGGGAUAAUAUCGAUAUCUUAUGCUAUCUUUACUCUAUGGUAGAAUAUUCUUUACUUUCGAAUUCUGUUAUCAAAAUUUAGAGCUGUAUUUAUAAACGAGCAUUCUUAGUUGAAUAAGGUUUGGUUGCCUAGCAACCAGCAACAAGAAUCUUUCUGAUUGGUUGCUUGGUAAUCAAAGUGUACUUGGCUAAGUACAUUCUCAAUUGCCAUUUUUACACUGUCUUGAAUGAGCACACCUCAGUUUGUCACAAUAACCAGAACUACUUCCUCGUUAUUGUGACCGUUCCUCUAAAGUGUUUGUGACCGUUAAAAGUCGAUUUAUCAAAAUUAUUAUCGAAUCAAGUUUUAGAAAUAAUUAA